AUUGCGAACUGAACCACUGUUCUUUGAUAUGAAUACGAUAGUAACUUUGGCAGCACGAUCAAAACAACAUUUAAAAUGUCUGAAAUAAUAGACGAUGUAUUGGCGGGUCUCGCCACAGCAAGACAGAGUAUGAUCAAGCAGGGAAAUAAGAUCGGUGAAAUCAUGGAAAGGUCCAACAACACGCUUUUGCAGAUUGAAGAGCAGGCUUCGAUGACACCGCCAUUAAAAGAGAAUGUCGAGUCGGAAAAUCUUUAUGAUUUUAGUGCCGAUUGUGAGUUGUCACUGAUAAAGAUAUUGGAACAAUUUCAGCAGCUUAUGCAGAAAAUUGUUAACGAAGACAACUCAGAUAACCAAAAUGCGUUGGAUUGUUAUUUAGCCACCCGCCAACGCGUAGAGAAUUUGAGAAGCAGCUCGCGUAAACUGGUAGCACUUCACGAUGCAAUUGCUCAAUUGAAGCUCAAUGUACAGGAGCAGCAGGAGGUUAUCAAGGAAGAGAAUAUGGAAAGUGAUUGUGAUAACUAACAUAAUAAUAUAUAA